GGAAACUGAGGGUCUAUAAAAUACCGGCGACGUGAGCAACACUUCAGGAAUUAUUAAAGCGUUUUUAUUGAUCCUGCCUACCCGUUAGACGUAGUUUUGUUUUAUUUUUUGUUUCCUUGGUCGUUCGUAAGCAUAUCUCUGUCUCUAACAUCCGUCGCUAUAGAAACAUCGAUAUUUCCUUUCCGUAUUUGUGAAGGACCUGACCAGCGAUUUUAAACAUGUUUCCUGAGAGCAGCACUGGAUACUGCUAUGAGGAUUGCCAGGCCACAGCUGACUGGCUUCUGUCCCAGACUGCAUUGCGUCCUUUGGUGGGCAUCGUGUGUGGCUCAGGUUUGGGUGGACUGGCUGAUGUGUUGAAAGACCAGGUGAUCUUCAACUACAAGGACAUCCCCAACUUCCCCCAAAGUACAGUGCACGGUCAUGCAGGUCGACUGGUGUUUGGCACUUUGAAGGGUAGAUCAUGUGUCUGCAUGCAGGGAAGGUUUCAUCUCUAUGAGGGAUAUCCCAUCCAAAAGAUUACAAUGCCUAUGCGGAUAUUCAAACUUCUGGGUGUGGAGACCGUGAUUCUUACCAAUGCUGCUGGAGGUCUGAACCAGGACUAUAAAGUAGGCGACAUCAUGAUCAUCAAAGAUCAUCUCAACAUGCCUGGAUUUGCUGGAAACAACCCACUUGCGGGACCCAAUGAUGAAAGGUUUGGCGUACGUUUCCCCUGCAUGUCUGACGCAUAUGAUCGAGAACUCCAGCAGCUGGCGCUUGACGUGGGUUCGGAGCUUGGUUACAGUGAUUUCCUGCGAGAGGGCGUGUACUGCGUACUAGGAGGACCUUCGUUUGAGACUAUUGCGGAGUGUCGCAUGCUGCACAAGCUGGGAGCUGAUGCUGUCGGCAUGAGCACUGUUCACGAGGUGAUCGUGGCACGUCACUGUGGGAUGCGUGUCUUCGCUCUGUCUUUGAUAACUAAUAAAGCGGUUAUGGACUAUGACAGUGAGGAAAAAGCCAAUCACGAGGAAGUUCUGCAGACGGGAAAACAGAGAGCGGAGCAGCUGGAGAGGCUGGUGUCCACCCUAGUCACUCGAAUAGAACACAACAACAAUUACGCCUAAGACUGUUCUCGGACCAGAUCACUGUCAUCAGUCACAGACCAAAGAACGCUGAUUCAUCUGUGAACUAACAUAACCGAUAUGUUUUCAAAAACCAUGUUAUACAGGUCAAUUCCAUUUAUCUCACUUAUUUAUAAUGUAUUGAAUCUUAUUUUUAAAAAAUACAUUUUGUAAAGCCUUCAUUUAUUUUUGGUCCCCCUGAUAUUUUGCACUUAUGUACAUAAACCUGGUGAACAUGAAAGUGCUUAUGUUUCUCUCUCUCUCUUUUUCUCUUUACAAAGAAAAAUACAAAUAAUUGUUACAUUCCUCUGAAUUCUGAACUAAUGUUUAUUUCUAACUUAAAAGUUUACCAUUUGUUACUGUGUUAAUUUAAAAUUCUGUGUAAUACUUUGAUUGCUUUGUAGUAUUUGUCAGUAGAUGUACAGUAAAUGGUCUAUCUUGUGUAUUUUUAAUAUUAUUAUUAAAAAUUGGCUAUUUAUUAUUAGUGUCUCCCUCUCGUUUAUGGUGGAAAAGUAGGUGUUGUGUAUUGAACUUCAUAUUACACAUACAUGGGUCUUUCAAAAAUGUUUGAAAUGCUUGAGUUGUGUGUCCAUAAAGGGGUGAUGGUGAAAAAUUGAGAUGGAAAAAAUAUAUAUAUUUCAAUGUCUUUGUAUUUGCUCAUUAAACUUUUAUGAUGAAAAUAAUGAGGUGGUAAGAAAAUGCUUUUGUGAGUGAACGCAAAGUUUCUUGAAGGAAAGCAAAAGUUUUGCAGGAAAACGCAAAAGCACUGAAAAACAAUUUUUCCUCCCAUCUCAUAUUUUUUUCCAUUGCUGUGUUCCCUUGGGGGCUUUAUGUACUGUAUUUCACCCCAAAAUCAAAAUGAAAAAUAAAUUAUAUUUUGCAAAA